AUGCCGCCCGCUCUGCAGGUGGAGGUGCGCGGCGGCGGGAGAGAGAGUCCCCAGUGCAACUCGCGAUCGGUGCUGUGCGGAGGGACAGGCGCCGCCGCAUACAGCCCGGACGAAAGGAGGCCAGGCCGAAGCGAUCUCAGCGGCUUCCUGGCACGAUGCGCAAAGCGGUGGCCGGUCCGCACGGGAGGAUUGGAGCUGGCGAAGGCAGCAUCUGCCGCAGGCGAAAGCUAUCGUGUCCUGCUCUCUCGCCCCAUCUCCGCCGACGAUCACGAGCAAAUAUCGCUCGACAUCUGCCGCUCGGGCGUCGAGGAUCUAGAUCUGAUCCUUCCAGCGGCACAAAUGGGCGAGCACUCACGGGCAAUCAAGCGGCUGCUGUGCGCGUGGUGUGCGCGCCGCGGCUCGAGCGGAUACUGCCAGGGAAUGAACUUCAUCGCCUCUGUGCUCCUCGCGGUGACGGGACACGCCGCAGCGCCUGCCGCAGCGCCUGCCGCAGCGCCUCCAGGUCCGCAAGUGGACACUGCGGGUGCCAAGCGCGGCAGCGCCGCAAGCGGCGGCGGCGGCACCAGUGCCAGUGCCGCGGCGCUGCGCGCCGCCGAGGAGGGCGCCGCCGGCCGCGGUGCCGGGUCCGGAACGGCGCUUGGCAGCUCCGGUUCCGGUUCCUCCGCUGCCAGCUCGGGUUCCUCCGCGGCGACGCAGCCUGGCGGUGGGGAGUUGUUGUCGGGUGAGGAGACGGCCUUCUGGACCUUUGUCGCGUGGGUCGAGCUGCUGCUGCCCUCGGACUUCUACGCGCCGCCCGACAUGAUCGGGCUGCAGCGGGAGGUGCACGUGCUGCAGCUGCUCGCGAGGGCGCAGCUGCCGGCGCUGUUUGCGGAGCACGUGCUGUGUGAGAAGGAUGCGCUUGCCAUCCUCUCCCUAAUCGCGUUCAAGUGGCUCCCCUCUUGUUUCGUCAACCAGCUGCCCCUCACCACGCUGCUCGCCUGCUACGACCAGCUCGUGCUGCGGUACCCGCCCGCCGAGCUGCUCGUCUCUGCUCGCCCGUCUGCCGGGCGAGGUGGCGGCGGUGGCCAUCUGCAGCUUGCGAUCGCGCUGGUGGCCCAGUGCCUCCCAGACUUGUCGGUGCUGCGGCUCUCCUCCCACCGAGACGACGCCGUCGGGAUCGGGUUUCAGAUCAUCCUCGAGUCCGCACGUGAGGCGGCGACGGCUGGGCCGCUUCUCGCCAUCGCCGCCGGCCACGACGUGUCUCCCGAGCUGCUCGCGCCGAACAAAAAAGAAAUUCGCCGGCGCCUCGACGUGUCUCCCGAGCAGCUAACGUUUCUGAGGCAGCGCCUGGCCGCCCACGCGGCAGGGAGCGUGUUGCUGCAGCCGCCGAUCAGCUUGCGCGACGAGAUGACGCUCGCACUGCUCUCGCGCCGCUCGCCAUACCCGCUGCAGGUCUUGAAGGAGGCCCUCUUGCUGCGCCCGCCGCCGCCGCCGCCGCUUGUUGGCGCCCUCGCGCUGUUACCUCAUCACUACGUCCGUUUCGUCUCCACGUGUGCCAUCACGUUUGUCUCCUCGAUGCUUGUUGUGCCGCGGUCUGUUUGGGCGCUAGCCACGCUGCCGUGCGCCGCCGCGGCGUCGGUCCUCCGUCGGUCCAGGCUUGGGAUCGCAGACAGCGAGGACGGCGACCAUGCGGCUUGGGGAUCGCGGAUCGGGUCGUUGCGUCUGACGGCAGUGGCGCUGCUCAAGUCGUCCCGCGAGCGGUUUAGCUCGCGCUGGGCGCGGGAGAGCCGCUCGUCCGAGGGCGACUUCUUCGGGGGCGGACUCUUCUCGCCUACUCGCCGCAUGGAGUCGAUCGAGGCCGACCUCCCCUUCGACGUGUCUCAGUCGCCGACGCUUGAGGCUUCGCCGGUCCACACGCAUCGCAUCGCCCAGACUGAGCUGGACUCGCCCGGAGGGAAUGGAUCAGAGGAGCGGGUUUGA